UUUGUAAGUGAAUGCCGACACUAAAUAGCGAUCGGUGCGUUCGAAUAGAAUAAUGCCAAAAAUUGUUAUAUUUUUUCACUUGUUGAAUUUGUUUCUUUUACUUAAUAUAUCUACUUAUGUAAAGUGUAACAAAACACCUUUAAAGGAAGAACUUAAGUCUCAAAAAUUUCCUCCAUGCGCGGCUUGCAAGAUUUUAAUAAAUAGUUUUAAGAAGGGUAUAGAAAGGACUAGUCGUGACAAAUUUGAUGGUGGUGAUAGUGCAUGGGAAGAAGACAAAUUAGGUUCAUACUCAAAGAGUGAAACUAGAUUAAUAGAAAUACAAGAACAUUUAUGUAAAGAAGUAGAACGUGGUGAAACUCAAUGUCAUACUUUAGCUGAACAAUUAGAAAACCAAAUAGAAGAUUGGUGGUUUAAUUAUCAACAAACUCGACCAGAUAUUUAUGAGUUUAUUUGUAUUGAACAAACCAAACAAUGUUGUCCAAAAGAUCAUUUUGGUUCAGAAUGCACACCAUGUCCAGGUUUCCCAGACAAAGUUUGUAAUAAUAAUGGUAAAUGUAAAGGAGCAGGUACCAGAAAAGGAAAUGGUGAAUGCUUAUGCGAUAAAGGAUAUGAGGGAUCUAGCUGCACUGAAUGUGCAAGUGGAUUUUAUGAAGCUUAUAAAGAUGAAAAUAAAUUACUUUGUUCUCCAUGCCAUGCUGCUUGUGAUGGUCCUUGUAAUGGACCAGGACCAAAAUAUUGUAUGAAAUGUAUGAAAGGAUGGUAUAUGCUAGAUGAAGAUGGUUGUUUUGACAUUGAUGAAUGUAUGAAAAGUGAUGAACAUUGUCCUGGAAAUCAAUUUUGUAUCAAUAAGGAAGGAAGUUACACAUGUUUAAGUUGUGACAGAGCUUGCAAUGGUUGCACAGGUGAUGGUCCAGAUAUGUGUAUAAAAUGUGCAGAUGGCUAUUAUAAGAAAGAUAAUUUAUGUAUAAAUUCCGAUAUAUUGGGCCGUAAACAACAAGAAAAUGUCGCUCGAUAUGCUACUUAUUUUGGCCUUUGUGUAGCAACAUGUAUAAUAUUUCAAAGAAAUAUUUAUAUAGCAAGUGUAAUUGGUUUAUUAGUUGGCAUAUAUAUAUCAGUUUCAGAAUAUAUGAUAGCUCACAGUAAUGUACAAGAUACUACUGCGAAUGUGGAUAUUUUAGGGCCAGCAUGAAUAAAAAAUUUGUAAAAUAAUUAUUCAUAUUUAGAUAAAUUGUGGUGGAUACUUGCUUAUUUGUAGUUUUGUGAUCAUUUUACAUGACAUACCU